AUGGAUGACAUUGCUGUAAUAGGGCUGGGACUUCGGUUUCCUGGUGACGCCUCAUCUCCACAGUCUCUAUGGAAGAUAUUAGAGCAUGGAGAAUCUCAGUGGUCAGAGAUUCCAAAGGACAGACUGAACAUCAAUGGCUAUCAUCACCCUGGUGGUGAGCGCCAAGGAUCUUGUGUCCCCACGACUAAUCCAAGCUGCCAGUUCUUCUCCAUCGCGGCCGCCGAUGCAAAGGCGAUUGACCCGCAACAACGCUUGCUUCUAGAAGUAUGCUACGAAGCUCUUGAAAAUGCUGGCUGCACAACAGAAGAUAUUGACGGUACCGACACCUCCGUUUAUGUCGGGUCGUUCGUCAAAGAUUAUGAGCAAAUCUGCUUGCGUGAUCCAGAUUGGCAACCUCAGUAUGCAGCUACCGGCAACGGCAUUGCCAUCAUGGCAAACCGCAUUUCUUAUUAUUUCAACCUUCAUGGUCCAAGCAUGACCAUCGACACGGGCUGUAGCGGAAGUCUCGUGUCUGUUCACUUGGCUGCGCAAAGCUUGCGUUCUGGUGAAUCAUCUCUAGCGAUCGCUGCUGGUGCUGGUCUGAUUCUGACACCGAACACGAUUAUGCCAAUGACAGCACUCAGCUUUCUAAGCCCAGACGGCAAGUGCUUUACCUUUGACGCUCGGGCAAAUGGCUACGGACGCGGCGAAGGCGUCGGCGUUGUCAUCUUGAAGCGUCUUUCGGAUGCUAUCAGGGACAAUGACACUAUUCGAGCUGUCAUUCGCGGCACACACGUGAAUCAAGACGGGCGAACUCCUGGUAUCACUCUUCCGAGUAAAGAAGCACAGGUGGCCAACAUCAGGUCUGUCUACUCCGCUGCUGGGCUUUCCUUCUCCGAUACUGCUUACGUCGAGUGCCACGGAACAGGCACACAGGCAGGCGACUGGCGCGAGCUAAAGGCCAUCUCGGAAACACUCGGAGCAUCUCGUACUACAGAUAAUCCCAUAUUUGUCGGAUCUGUGAAGCCAAAUAUAGGACAUCUGGAAGGCGCCGCUGGCGUGGCUGGUUUGAUCAAAGCUGUGCUCAUGCUGGAGCGAGAGCGGAUCCCCCCUCACGUCAAUUUUGAGACGCCAAAUCCUGAUAUAGAUUUCAGGGAAUGGAAAGUCAAGGUUUCUCGAGCGGCAACGGCCUGGCCCUCCAACUUGAAAAAGCGGGUCAGCGUCAACUGCUUUGGCUUUGGCGGCACAAACGCACACGUCAUCUUGGACGGAGCCGCCGAGUAUCUCCAGACGAAACAGCUUGUUGCCCACCACGCCUCGGCAAGUCCCCGAGCCAACAACGGCUUGCCACUGCGAAAUGGAUCGCUGCAAAAUGCAUCUUCUCACUCAAAGCACCAGGGGCUGGGUCAAGAAAAUUGGCAGAUCUUUUGCUAUUCUUCCCAUGAGCGCUCCGACAAUCUCGCCGACGACUUCUUGACAAACUACGCCUACACGCUGGGAUGCCGCCGUUCACGUCUUGAAUGGAGAUCAUUCUUUCUGCAGGCAUCUCCACGGCUCUGUUUCUUGUUCUGCGGUCAAGGCGCUCAAUGGGCACGCAUGGGCCUGGAUCUGAGGCCGUUUCCCGUCUUCUGGAAUAGCAUCAAUUCUGCGGCCUGCACUCGCAUCUCGCAGCCAGCAACCACCGUGAUCCAGAUUGCCAUCGUGGAUUUACUACAAUCAUUGGGGAUCGAGCCCGAUUUUGUUGUUGGACACUCAUCAGGUGAGAUCGCAGCUGCCUACGCAUCCGGCGCCCUUUCUCGUGAAGAGGCAUGGGAAGUCGCUUAUUAUCGUGGGCUCGCUUCAUCGACAUUGCAAAGCAGGCGUCCGGGAUUUCGGGGUGGCAUGAUUGCAGUGUUCAUGAGUUUGGACCAAGCAACCUCGUACAUCCACACAUUUUCCGAUCCUCUCGAAAUAGCGUGUGUCAAUAGCCCAAGCUCUAUUACCCUCUCCGGAAGGCGUGAGACGAUUGAGCAUGCCUCCCGCGACCUUGCCGCAAAGAACAUUCGCCAGCACGUCCUCCCGGUUGACAUGGCCUAUCAUUCUACUCACAUGAAGAAUGUUGAGGACCAUUAUGUGCACAACAUCAACUGCAUCUCACCAAGACCCAGUCGAAAGGCCGGUUCCAGCCUCGAUGCUGGCUAUUGGGGCAGGAACAUGGUGUCUACGGUGCAGUUUUCCUCGGCCAUAGAGUCACUGAUGGCUCUUCCAGAGGACCAACAGCCGUCUACAUUCAUUGAGAUGGGACCAUCGGCUGUUCUACGAACUCUAGUUCUGAAUACUCUUGGAAUACGUGUCAAGCCCGAGCAGAUUCUCAGCGCACUAGACAAGCGUCGUCCCGGCGUGGCCUCGAUCCUCAAUGUUGCCGGCGGUUUAUGGUCAGCUGGCCAUGAGGUCAAUAUCAAGAGCGCUAUAUCUCGCCGAUUUGGACAGGGCCGGCCCAGAUGCCUAACAAAUCUACCGUCAUAUCCCUGGAACCACACCAAGUCCUACUGGCAUGAGUCCCAUCUCAGUCUAGCCAACAGAUUUCGAGAAUAUGGCCGCUUAGACCUCAUUGGAGCACCUACUGCAGAUUCCGUCUCUUUUGAGCCUCGGUGGCGCGGGUUUCUCAGAAUUUCUGAAAACCCUUGGAUCCAAGAUCAUCAGCUUCAGAAGACGGUCAUCUACCCCGCCGCCGGCAUGAUCUCUAUGGUCCUCGAGGGAGCCCGGCAACUGAAACGGGGCUUUGAACAUCUCAUAGGCUACGAGAUUCGUGACAUGUGCUUCGAGAAAGCGAUUGUUGUGCCAGACACUGCGCACGGCGUUGAGAUGGCGCUGAAUAUGAGAGCAGAAACCGACGCAGGGAAUCAGCGUCUCCCAAAUGGCCAUUUUACAUUUUCCAUUUAUACCAAGGCCUUGGAGAAAGAAUGGGAGCGGCAUGCGACGGGAAAUCUGCACUUUUGCUGUCAAUCGCAGGAUAGGGAGGCGCUCCUUGCCGCUUUCCACAACCAACACGGCCAAGUGAGCGAGGCGUGCACCGCAUCAGUCAACCCGAGACAAAUGUACGAGCACUUGGAUAGCGCUGGCAUCUCCUACGGCCCAACCUUUCGAAACAUUCUCGAGGUCAAGAAAGGGUCUGACCGUUGCAUCAGCAGGAUUCGCGUCCCAGACACCAGAUCGAAGAUGCCAGCCAACUUCGAGCACCCACACCUGCUUCAUCCUGCAACCCUGGAUUCAAUGUUCCAGACGCUAUUUGCUCUAGACCCGGUACCCAAAAUCCCUUGCUCGGUUCAGAGUAUAUUUGUCUCCGAUAAGCUGGAUAUGAACACCAGCCAAGAGUUUGUCGGCCACGCCGUUGCCAAACAACAGCAGCGCAACGAGGCCGUAGCGCAGAUCUCAAUGUGUUGCACGGAUAGACCACUGGAUCAAAUCAUCAUAAAGGGGCUUCGCUUUAGUGGAAAUCUCUUUGCCACGUCUCGUCAGUCUUCCUUCCUCCCAAACUAUCGAAAUUUAGCCACCGAGAUAGUGUGGCGGGAGCACUGCGACACCGCACAGUUCAAGUCUUUGAGGCAUGCGAUUUCGUUGCUCUGCCACAAGAACCCCAGGCUUUCUAUCCUCCAAAUUGGAGGCGAACUGUCACUUGCGCAGUGUGCCUUGCUGGCGGCUUCGGAGAAUGCAGACCAGCCGAUACGUCUUGGGAGGUACUCUUUCAUCGAUCAAAAGCAGUCCAGCCUGGACUUCAAUGAUGUCAAUACAGCUCCAUACAGCAGAUAUCUGGAGCAGAUUCCAGACAUGGCUCUCGUUCAGUCCAAAUACGAUCUCAUACUGUUCAAUGGGUGCGCCGAGGACGAGCUCAACGAAGCUGAACGCUUCUUAAAGCCCGACGGCAUAAUGCUCCAAUCGAUUGCAGUUGGUAGCGGAAUUGAAACGCCAAGCGGCAACAAUACCACCUCCAAGUUUGACCUUGGUUGGAGCCGGUGUGAUCUGCAAACUGAGUGGCGUCGGCGCACUGGGACGCCAUGUGCUCUGGAGAUGGAUGAAAGCUCAGGACCAAUUCUGCGCAGAAUCUCUACUCGCGGUCAAGGGCUACACUUGCCACAGAGUGUUGUUCUUCUCUUUCCUUCUACCAUCACUGAAGAGGCAUCUAUUUUCGAGGCACAAUUUGGCGAGUAUGCUGCCGUAAACUUUCCAGCGACCACUCUCUCUGCUCAACAGCUAUCAGAUGCAGCACGCCGUGGUUCAUUUCAGGCCGAAGCGCUCUAUAUUUCCCUUGUCGAUGUUUUUUCAGAAAAAGCCACGGAGGGAUGCAUUUUCAAUUGGAGUGAGGCAGAUUUCAAUGCCUUCCACCUUCUACAGCGCACCGUCAAGACAAUUGUUUGGAUUACUAGGGGAGCUGGCAUGAUACCAACUGCCCCCCGCGCCUCGCCGAUUAUUGGUCUUCUGAGAACCCUCAUGUCUGAGGACCUGCAAAAGAAAUUUGCUACAUUCAACUUAAGCCAAGAAUCUUCGUUGUCUGCGCCGAAAACUCUGGACAUGCUUGUCACCGUCUGCCGCAGCAUGACAGACCCUACUCUCAGCGCCGGGGCUUGUGAGGUGGACUUUGCAGAGAGCGGCGGUGCCUUAUUCAUCCCAAGAUUAGAAACCUUGAGCACUUUAAACAACUUUAUCGAGAAGGGCGAUAGACUCAAUAGCAUCGUGGAAGGGAGCUUUCGGACUACGGAAAGUGAGGCCGGCCGUCAAAUUGUACUCGAGUCAUCUCUCCACCAGCAGGACUCACCACCAGAACUAGACUCGCCCUUUUGUUUCAGAGAGGUUGACAUGGGUGAAUUAGGCCCCCAAGACAUUGCUAUUUCAUUCGAGUCCGCCAUCUUGGUGGAUGGGAACCCUGGUGCCACGGGUCAAGAGGCUCGCAAAUGGCAAAGCUAUGAUGUUGCUGGCUACGUCUCUGCUACAGGGAAGGACAUAGAAGAUUACACAAUAGGCGACAAAGUGAUGGCUUUGGUUCCGGGAGGCAACGGUUUGCGGACCACAGUCCGAGUUGACGCGGCGCUGGUCAUGCCUCACAAGCCUGGGUUCGUGCCUAGCCAUUUCCUCUCUGCAUACUAUGCGCUCUUCGACAUUGGCAAAAUUCGGAAAGGAAAGAGCAUUUUGAUCCAUGCUGGCGCAAGUGGCUUCGGUCUGGCCGCCAGCGAACUCGCCCUCAUGUCUGGAGCCGUUGUCUUGGCCACAGUCAGGGGCCCACAACCCGACAGGCAAAGAGAUAUCUUGCAAAAGCGCGGCAUUAGGCAUGAUCAUAUCCUCGAUGGUAACCAUGACAGCUAUCCCUCUCUUGUCAGGCUUCUCACCAGAGGUCGGGGAGUUGACCUCGUCUAUAACCCUACGCACAUGGAUACCCAGCUCUCGGUUGCAUGCGUUCGUCAAUGCGGGACAGUUGUUCACUUCAUUAACUCUUCGGAGGACUCCUCUCCUGUUAAUGCGCCUGGAAUGCCGGUGACCAUGGUUGGCUUUGAUCUAGCCACUUUGCUCCUCGCGGAUUUGGAUCAUGCGACAGAGAUGAUUGGUGCGCUAAAUGACUUCGCCGCAAGUACAUCCUUGGAGUGGAUGUCGGACUUCACUCUCCAGCAGCAGUUCGAUAUAUCUCAACUGCCAGACGCACUGGAAGCCGUCGAUGAAUCUCCUCACAUCGGGUCUAAUAUCGCCUUUCUUAGCAGAUCCGGAGCAUCAUCCUCGACAUCGACAGAGUUCUUGCAGUGGCUUUCUGAACAAGGGGUGACGGCCAAGGCGUUUUCCAUUGACAUAUGCGACCAGGCGGCUCUUGAGCAUCUUCUCAAAGCCACUGUUUCUGCAACCAUGCCGCCAAUUGCUGGCGUGUUCCACUGCGCAGCUGUGAUCAAGGAUGCCGUCUUCGACAACAUGACAUAUGAAAACUGGAAUGCCGGGUUCAAGCCAAAGGCUUUGGGGGCAGACAACCUCGUCAAAGCAGUGGAUGCAGUCGCCGACGACCCCUUCUACGUGUUUCUGGCAAGCUCUGCGGGUGUCAUCGGCACGCGCGGACAGGCAAACUACUCGGCCGGCAACGCCUUCCUAGACGCCCUGGCCGGGAACUUGCGUAUUCGCGGCAAGAGAGCCACGUCUCUCGACCUAGGCCCCAUUCUCGGCGCGGGCAUGCUGGCAGAGGACGAGGCCCUGCUUGACAUCCUGCGGGCGAGCGGGUUUUACGGCAUUCGACAUGCCGACUUCCUUACCGUGAUCAAGCACGCCAUCACCGGGGAGACAUUCCAAGGCGUGCCACUGCCGUCGCAAAUCGUUCUCGGCGUCGGCACCGGCGGGUUGAUGCUGCAGAACCAGCCCGCAGACCCGUACUGGUCGCGCACGGCCAUGUACUCGUACCUGAACAUCGUCGACGUUCCGGAGCCAAACCUGGACGCUCCUGCAGCCACGCCCUCUCUGGGCAUCAAGGCUGAGCUGAUGAGUUGCGGGGAUGCCGAGGCUGCCGCCAGCAUUGUCUGCGGUGGCCUGUCGAGCAUGCUGGCCAAGUCGAUGAACAUGGCCGCAGAGGAGAUCGACCCAUCCCGGACCCCAAGCGCGUACGGGGUCGACUCCCUGGUCGCCGUAGGUGUUCGGAACUGGGUGUCCGGGAAUUGCGGAGUGGACGUCUCUGUUUUUGAAAUCAUGAGCGAUUUGACCGUUCUCGAGUUGUCCAGGUUGGUGGUCCAGACUGGCAAGUUCGGGUUGCGAGCCCAAAAGCCAUAG